AUGGCUGCCCCAAAUGAGAUAGAUGUACUGAGACGCGAGGUAGCACGCUUGCUCCACGAGAAAAUUAACGCUUACAUGGAGCCAGUUCAUUUGGACAAGUAUACACUGGGGACUGAUCUUGCAACCAUUGAAGAUAUGUAUACGGCAAUAUCGUGCCUGCGUCGUCAUGUACUCGAGGUAGAUGCCCGCACCAAUGAAAGGAUAGAAGAGAAUGCACAACAACUAGCUGCAGACUAUCGGUUAUUCAAUGAGCUGGCAUCUCGGGCCAAGGAUACCAUUUCUGCCCUUACUGCCCAAAAGGAAGAAGUGGACGCACGCGAGGCUACACUGUGCACAUUAGAAAGCACUCUCCUGAGCCGGCUUCUAUCUACUGAGGCGUACCUGACCGCUAGAGCAAAGGUGGCCGAAGCACUCGAAAGCGCCUAUAAAGAGCAAUUUACCGGAGUAAUAGAAAUGUAUGCAACUCUCUUGGGAUCCUUUCGUGCUGCAGAGAAGAAGUUAGAGCGUCUCUCCUAUGAAAAUGCGCUGCUGCGUUGCGAUAACCGGAAUCUUAUGAAUGAGGUUGCCAUGCUACACACGGAUCGUGAUGCAGCGCAAGAAAAGGCCGCGAACACAAUGACUAUGUAUAGCGAGCUAGGAGGGCGGCUAUCUACGCUGUUAAAUCAGUGGUCGAAUUAUCGCACACAGGAUGGCUUUAGUGUUCCAGACACGGCUGCGAAGUUACAAAGCAUAAACAGCAAUGUUGAAGAGCUGCGAAGAGAGGUCGCUAUUGUAGUGUCAGAUAUGCAACGCACCAUUACAGAUCAGGAGGCAAUUAUUGCCGCUCUGACAAAAGAGCUGGACGAAUUGCAGAACAAAGGGCUGGAAGCGAAGAUAGAGACUACUAAGCUAAACUUCUUAGAGACAGAGAACAGCAGACUAAUGAAAGAGCUAGCGUCUGCAAGGUGUUCCUCAAUGGACUCUGGAUCCUCCCAUAUGCAUUUGAGCGUCGCCAAUGCAUCAACUCAGACCACAGAGCAAUCAAGAGCACAGCACACAGAUGACAAUUGUGGUGCUGUCGAUGUUGUCUCAUGA